CCCCUUUCGAGAACAAGCCUUCAGCUCGUCUGAGCCUCGUCAUUCUUCUGGCGUCGCCGUUGGUCGCGCUCGGCGGCAAUCGAAACCCUAGAAAUUCCGGCCCGGAAGAGAGAUGAGGAAGAGAGAUCUAGGGAUUCUACUCCUCUCCGCCCUCGCUAUCUUCUUCACUCUCCAACAAGAAGGUGAUUUCUCGUUCAAGGAGGCGUGGUUCCAUCUCUCCGAUGAGUACCCGAUCAAAUACGAAGCUGAGCGCCUCCCGCCGCCGAUUGUCGCUGAUCUCAAUGGCGAUGGGAAAAAAGAAGUCCUUGUUGCCACUCAUGAUGCUAAAAUACAGGUUUUAGAGCCCCAUAGUAGACGUGGGGAUGAAGGAUUUAGUGAAGCACAAGUGUUGGCUGAAGUUUCCUUACUGCCCGAUAAGAUCCGUGUUGCUUCUGGAAGGCGUCCUGUUGCUAUGGUAACAGGUGUUAUUAACCGUUUUUAUAAACAUGGGGAAAUAAAGAAGCAGGUUUUGGUUGUAGUCACAUCAGGUUGGUCAGUCAUGUGCUUUGACCACAACCUCAAAAAGCUGUGGGAAAAUAAUUUGCAGGAACAUUUUCCACAUGGGUCUCAUCAUCGUGAGAUAGCAAUUUCUAUAAGCAAUUAUACAUUGAAGCAUGGAGAUUCUGGAUUAGUUAUCGUAGGAGGGAGAAUGGAAAUGCAACAUCAAAGUACCAUGGAUCUGUUUGAGGAGACAUUGGCCUCUGAGAAAAGUUCUGAAUCCCAACGCCGGAGUGCAACUGAGACGGAGGCAUCUGGAGAUUCACCAACUGUAGAUCUACGACACUUCGCUUUUUUUGCUUUUGCUGGUCAAAGUGGGUCACUUCGAUGGAGUCGAAAGAAUGAAAACAUAGAGGCUCACUCCUCGGAUGCUUCACAGCUGAUCCCACAGCAUAACUACAAACUCGAUGUUCAUUCUUUAAACAGUCGUCAUCCUGGUGAGUUUGAAUGCAGAGAGUUCAGGGAAUCUAUUCUUGGAGUCAUGCCUCAUCAAUGGGAUAGGCGAGAAGAUACUCGUUUUGAGCUGGCUCAUUUCAGAAGACACAAGAGAAAAUCAUUGAAGAAAACACCCGGAAAAGUGACAACAAGCCCCUUCCAUAAGCCUAUGGAAAACCAUCCUCCUGGAAAGGAUCCAUCUAACAAAAUUGCAAAUCUUAUUGGGACAGCUGCAAAUUAUGCUGGGUCUGCAAAAGCUAACAAGGGAGUGCAUUAUAUUCCAACCAUCACAAAUCAUACUCGACUUUGGUGGGUCCCAAAUGUGGUUGUUGCACAUCAAAAGGAAGGAAUAGAGGCUGUUCAUUUGGCUUCUGGUCGAACCAUAUGCAAGCUUCAUCUUCCAGAAGGAGGCCUUCAUUCUGAUAUAAAUGGAGAUGGAGUUUUAGAUCAUGUUCAGGUUGUUGGGGGGAAUGGUGCUGAGCAAGCUGUUGUGAGUGGCUCUAUGGAAGUGUUGAAACCAUGCUGGGCGGUCGGCACAUCCGGCGUACCAGUGCGUGAACAGCUAUUCAAUGUUUCAAUCUGCCAUCAUGCCCAUUUCAGUCUUUUCCAUCAUGGCGAAUUCGCCAGAAGUUUUGGAAGAAAUACUGAUGCAGGUUUGCUAGAGGUGGCAAGCCCUAUCUUGAUUCAGAGGGAUGACGGGCAUAAGCAUCGGAAACGAAGCCAUGGUGAUGUCAUCUUCUUGACAAACAGAGGCGAGGUUACCUCAUACUCAUCAAAUUUGCAUGGGCACGACGCCAUCUGGAGAUGGCAGCUCUUAACUGGCGCAACUUGGUCUAAUCUUCCAUCACCGUCCGGGAUGACGGAAGCCACUGUCGUGCCAACGUUAAAGGCGUUCUCCCUCGGAAAAUUCAGCAAGCAAGAGAUUAUAAUUGCUGCCGGCGAUCAAGAGGCCGUGGUAAUAUCCCCAGAAGGCAGCCAACUAGCCACCUUCGAUUUGCCGGGCCCUCCAACCCACACACUAGUGCUAGAAGACUUCUCCGGCGACGGUUUAACAGAUGUCAUUGUUGUGUCUUCCAGCGGAACUUAUGGUUUUGUGCAGGUGAGGCAUCCCGGAGCGCUCUUCUUCAGCACCCUCGUCGGUUGCCUUAUCGUUAUCAUUGCAGUGAUAUUUGUUUCCCAGCACCUAAAUUCGGUCAACAAGAGCAAACCUAGGGCUUCAACUGAUUACCGGUGAAAUGCGAAGGCCUUGUUUUAUACAAUAAAAGAGAGAAUGCUACACACCAGUAAAUCUAAAAGGGCAAAACUAUGAAUAUUAUUUAGUGAUGCUGGUGAUUAAAUUGUACUUUUAUUUUUGUAAAAUUAUAACUAACUAAAGAAGGUUUUUUUUUAGUGUUUUUGUACUAAGAUGCAACCUUUGGAUUGUAAGUUAUGUUGAGCAGAUGUUUUGUGUUGCAUGGGCUUCUUCAACCAACAUGAACUUCAAAAAUUGUUAAAAAUUGUUGCUCUGAUGAA